GGGAACUGAGAUGGGUGUCUCGGUGGCGGCGGCCCUACGCGAGCCCCCAAGUCCGCACCAGUGGAGCAGGAUAGUGGGACACUGGGUAUGGAUUGCUGUCUUGUCAUUUCUCGCCACUUUCCCGGUACAACAACUUGGUGCUUUCCCGUCUUCUCUCAGCGACUGUCAGACUCCAACUGGAUGGAAUUGCUCGGGUGAUGAUGAUCGGGACACGGAUCUCUUCCUUUGUGACACCAACACUUGCAAGUUUGACGGCGAGUGUCUCCGAAUCGGGGACAUCAUAACAUGUAUAUGCAACUUCAAGUGCAACAAUGACUAUGUUCCCGUGUGCGGCUCCAACAAUGAAAAUUAUGAAAAUGAGUGUUUUCUGCAAAGAGACGCCUGCAAACAGCAGACUGAGAUCCUGGUGGUCUCUGAAGGAUCCUGCCCUGCCGAUGCUGGUUCUGGAUCAGGAGAUGAAGGGAACGAGGGUUCUGCAGAGAAUGGACAAAAGGAGACGUCCACCUGUGACAUUUGCCAGUUUGGGGCGGAGUGUGAUGUGGAUGCAGAAGAUGUCUGGUGUGUCUGUAACAUUGACUGCUCCCACAUCAGUUUUAAUCCAGUGUGCGCAUCAGAUGGCCGUUCUUAUGACAACCCCUGCCAGGUGAAAGAAGCGUCAUGUCAGAGGCAGGAGCGAAUCGAGGUCAAGUUCCUGGGUCACUGUCAGGGCGACAUGAUUACAGGCACUAAAGCAGGAGAUGGACAAUAUGCCAGGACAGACUACACAGAGGAGAAGCCUGAAGUUUCAGAGGUGGCACGAGGUCUUUACAUCCCCUGUCCUGACCACUACAAGAAUUAUUGUGUUCAUGGAGACUGUGAAUAUCCCAACAUGCUCUCAACACCGUCAUGCAGCUGUCACUCAGGAUUCAGUGGUCCGCAGUGUGACACUAAGGAGUAUAACGUGCUGUAUGUGGUGCCUGGCUCUGGAAAACUGCGCUACGUCAUCAUUGCCUCUGUCAUUGGAGCUCUGCAGGUGGCCAUCAUCUGUGUAGUGGUGCUGUGGAUCACCCGAAAGUGCCCACGAACCAACAGAGUCAACCGACAGAAGCAGAACACAAUGCACUACAACUCGGAAAACACCCUGCGGGCCUCCACCCGCCUCAUCUGAGCGCUGGGAGCAACCGUGAGAAGAGAAUCAUGGGAAACAUGGACAGAGGACAGAAAACAAGCUCUCCGUCCCCACACAGAGACAUUUCAUCCUACAGGAUGAAAGGAUGGAGAGGAGAUAGAGGAUGAUGGUGCAGAUUUUAACAGAGGAUGAUUGGAUACACGCGAUGCCUUGCACCUGUGGCACAGGACACUAACAGAGAAUUUUAGGACACCAUGAUAGGACAAGUCCUGUUACUUGGUUAUGUAUGGGUAAUAUUUCCAAUAGUUAAUUUGUUUGUCUUGAUGGGGUCCUUUUUCUGUAAUGUAAAUAAAUAAUUUAUAUCACAAAACAUGUCUUGUCUCUCCUUUUGUGGAUGCCAUUAAUGUUAAUGAAGAUCUGGCGACAAUGGACAAGGUAAUUUCAGGUGAUUCUUGAGGGACUGGUAGAGAUCUUUUU